GUCACAUUCUUGUCGAAUUAUUUCCCUUACUAGAUUAUAGUGAUUUGUUAAUUAUUUCGAGGUUGUAUUUUUGUUGUACGUUUUUGUUUAAUUUAAUUAUAAAAAAAGAAAUAACUACUGAAUAUAUUGAAUAAUGCCACCAUUAGGUAGUCCCUCUAAAGAGUUGGACUUAAAACAUGAAGAAAAAAUUGUGCAAUUCGUUUCAAAUGUUAGGAAUGGGAAGAUUGAUGGUUCAAAUAAUAUUGCAUUAAAGAUGCUGUUGCUGUUGGAGCAGAUUAUAAGUGAAUGUGAAAAUGCAACAGCACUCGAGUUGAGUGGUUUGGUGCGCGAGGUGGGUCGUCGCGUGUGUCGCGCGCUGCCGCAGGAGCUGGUGGCCGCCAACAUGGUGCGUCGAGUACUACGCGCUAUUAGAGACGAACACCGCGCCGUAUCCGACCAAAAUGGUGGCAGUGCGGAGGGUGCGACAGAAAGUCUUCAGCGGCUAGUGCUAGCGGCGGCGGCUCGACGUGGAACCCUGGGAUCUGCUCAACAAGACCUAAGGGAACCGCUUCGAGAUCAUAUUGCUGAGGUCCGUGCGGAAAUAGAGUCAGGUUGUGGCGCUGUGGCGGCGAUGGCUACUGCCCACGUGCAUGCCGCUGAACUGAUACUGACGCACGGCUCCAGUAGACUGGUGGAGAGAUUCCUGAAGGCGGCCAGGAAACAUACGCACUAUCGCUUACUACUGGCCGAGGGACCCGACGUGAAGGAGAGUCACGGCAUGGCGCUGCGUCUGAGUCUUUUAGGAAUUCCCGUCACCGUCAUAAGCGACGCGUCUAUCGCUGCAGUCAUGUCGCGUGUCAAUAAGGUGGUGAUAGGUGUACGCGCGGUGCUAGCCGGUGGAGCGCUGUUAGCUCGUGCCGGUACACAUGCACUCACUAUCGCAGCCAAACACUACAGCGUGCCGGUGAUAGCGUUAUGUCCAUUGUACAAGCUGAGUCCGCUUCAUGCGUGCGACCACUACGGGUUCAAUGCUCUGGACAACCCUCGAACCUCGCUGUCUUACGAAUUCAGUGAGAGCGGAGACGUUCAUGUUGAAGCUCCUCGUUACGACCUCGUGCCUCCCGAUCAUGUCACCCUCUUCCUCACCAACCUAGGUGGCAGCUCACCAUCCUACAUAUACAGGCUGUUAUCAGAACUGUACGACCCCAAUGAUCAUCAGUUAUAACCUUUUAACAUCAAUAAGAAACUCAUAAGGUAGUGGCACCUAAUAUAGCCCACUGUUUUCAAUUUCAUAUGAUAAAAGACAACUAUACCUAAUACAUUUCCACUGUAAUCUUGCGGUAAAAUGAUUAAUACAAACAUAGGACUGUAAUUUCAACAUAUUUGGUUAUUAAUAAGAUGCGCCGAAUACUGAUUUCGCUGAAUAACCGAAUACCGCAUAGUAAGGUGGUUUAAUUUUUACCGAACAGGAUUUUCGGCCGAAUUAUUCAGUUUACUAUUUUUAUUUAGCCAGAGCAUUACAAAGUGCUCCUUGUAAUAUAGCGAACGAUGAUUUCAGAAAGCAGAGUACCUGUAAGAAGAAUAAACUUUAUAUGGGCAAAAUUAAGCGACACUACCUUACAUUAAAAAAAUACGGUUUAGUCUGUUUCAAAUCGAUUAAAAUACUGUCACUCCAUACGUAAGGUUACAUAUUAAAAAUCAAAACUUACAUUACUUAGUUUAUAACAAGCAUUCAUAACAAUCGGAAGGUGUAUUUCUAUUAAAUUGCUAACUUUUAUGUUGGUAACAAUUCUUUGAUUGAGUCCCCGCUUGACUUGUAAUUUUGGCAGUAAAACUUGUUGACAACGCAAAAGUUGACAAUCCGGUAUAAAUCUGGGUCUCUACCAAAGAAAAAUUGCCUUAACAAAAAACAUGCAAUUUCUCUUUUUCUGUUCAAUUCAGUUCAAAUCAGCUCUUCCUUCAAUUGAAAAUUGUUUCGAAAACACAGUCACUUUGCAUUACCAUAGCU